UUGUUUACUUAUCAAACACACAAUUACACACACAAUGGGUAAGACUUCAACCACGUCUUUCGUGUCCAUUAUCAUGAUAGCGGUUUCGGUGCUUAUUGUAUCAGGGUUGGAAAAUGAUGAGCAACCUCCCAUGUGUAGGAGGGAAACAGAAAUUUGCUUGGGGUAUGGUGAAUACAGUUGUUGCGAAGGCCUAAUCUGUUUUCUGUGGACUGAGCACCUUCCUAUUGGUGGUGGAAUAUGCACGCCUUCAGGUCAGACACCACAACCACCACAAGAUGAGUGUCAAAAGAGACUUCAACUUUGUACGUUUUACGGUAAUUAUCAAUGCUGUAAUGGAUUGACAUGCAUCGGUGGUCCCAACCUUCCCCUUGGAGUUGGAAUAUGUACGUGAAUGAGUCCAUACAUCUGUGAAGCAACUCAGCAAGGGCAAAGCUAUAACCAUAAUAUUACUGUUAUCAUUAUAGUUGAGUGGAUCACUUUGUAAUUUUCACUUUGUAAUAACACCUCAUAUAGUCAUAUAUGGGAAAUAAUAUUAUUUUUUCAUGUCUUUAUAAAAUUAUAUCAUGUUAUUGUUUGCGUAUUUCAUAUCAA